AUGCCUACAGUCGAUGUUGGAGGUGUCACCAAUAGUACAGGCAAUGGAUCAUCACCUUUAUCCUUCAAUGGGGACAAGAUACAAAUCAAUUUUGGAUUGAAUGUCACAGCCAAGAAUCCCAAUUUACUACCUAUCUAUAUUUCUGACAUGAAUGCAACAGCCUUUUAUCCUGAUCCAUUAGGAAGUGGCAAUACAACUCCAGUUGGUGGUGGCUAUUUAGAUUAUAUGGAACUUCCAAAAUAUAGUGAUUUUAGUUUUAUAUUCCCUUUUUCUAUUGCCUAUGAUCCUAUGACAGAUCCCAAUCAAGUUAUUCUCAAUGAUUUAGCAGAUAAAUGUGGAUUAACAGGUGAAAAACCUCGCGAUUUGACGAUAUCUUAUACAAUUCAAGUUACUGCCAGGGUACUCUUUGUCUCUGUUCAUCCUACCAUCAAUUCACAAUCUACAUUUCCUUGUCCUAUUCAAAACAAUUCCUUUUCCCUAUAA